AUGGCGAGACGGUGUGAAGGGCUUGGUGUUGUCGAAGAGACUGUGCCUCGUAAGGUGCACGGAUUGCUGCUCCCCGCAAUUCGUGAGGUGACUGCGCCAUACUUCUACAUUAUGUACCUCGCCGAAAAUCAGGCCAUCGCUCCAAACAAAGCUGCCAAACCCACCCAAUGCCAGUGUGAUUCACCGCUUGACCAGUCCCGAAACUGGGGCAUCCCAACAAUAACUUAUCCUCCUUCUCGUGAUUUCAUCUACGUGAUCGACACUUUGACCAAGAUCCUUCUCAAGAGCAGUGCUGCAUCUGCAGAAUCGCUUCAAAAAGCCAUGACUGAGACCGAUACCGGGCUGCCCCCUGACUGGGAGGUCCGCCAUUCCAACUCCAAGAAUCUGCCCUACUACUUCAACCAGAAGACUCACGAGUCGAGAUGGGAGCCCCCAGAAAAUGCCGACACCGACAAGCUCAAGGUCUAUAUGGCGCAGCACCACAGUUCGUCUGCCAACGCCCGCAUCGAUGGAGCCGGCAGCGAGGGGAAGAUCCGUGCGGCGCAUCUGCUUGUCAAGCACAAGGAUAGUCGUCGUCCCUCGAGCUGGAGAGAGACCAACAUCACCCGCUCCAAAGAAGAGGCGAUUCAAAUGUUGAAGGGCUACGAAGAACAAAUCCGCUCGGGCGAGAAGACCCUGGGCGACCUGGCCGUCUCGGAGUCGGAUUGCAGCAGUGCUCGCAAGCGUGGCGACCUGGGAUUCUUCGGCAAAGGGCAGAUGCAGAAGGAGUUUGAAGAUGCGGCAUUUGCCCUGCAGCCGGGCGAGCUGAGCAGCGUCGUCGAGACGGCUUCUGGCGUGCACCUCAUUCAACGGUAUGUGUCGUCGGUCUUUUUUGCAACCCUUUUGCUGUGUGAUGGCUGA